CAAGCGGCCACCUCGAUGAAAAGUCCACGAAAAUGGGCGCAGAAGUCCAUUUGGGCUCCGCCCCCCGGGGGAGAGUCAAGGUAGUUUCUGGUAGGGAGGGAGGAGAGUAGGAGCAGACCGGCUUUGCAACAAAGACACGAAUACUAAGACACGCAAAAGGUGCUCACAGUAGCACUUAAUAAAUAAAAUGCGUAUCGUGAAAAAUGCCGUAUCGAAUCGUGGAACGGUAAAUAUUGUUGCAUCCCUAGUAUCUAUAAAUAUUGCACUUUUUUUUUAACCAUUAGCUUAGCAACAUUGAAUUAAUUAUGUAAAAUUGCUUUAAACAUCAUUAAUUCUUUUUGCUGGUUUAGCCCCCUAAACUGAAAGUAACAGUCGGCGAUGUUGCCAUUUUGUCUGACCUCACAUGAAAAGGAGGGUCUCCUGAUAAUUUUGGGAUUUUGACUUCCCGGAACAAGUCGGUGCUUCCUAUUUGGAUAACAAGGGGGGAGGCGUCAAGCUGUUCAAUUAUUCUCCAUUCUACGAUUUUUCUAGGAUUUUUUUUUUUUUUGCUGGCAUCCUGAGGAAACUUCACUGUACCUCCUACCAUUGUCUACUCUUUAACUUUCGAUUCAUGAAAUCAUUCCUGGAAAAGCAAUCAGUAACACUAAAUGUCAUGCAUACAGCUCCUGCAACUGUCCUCCUCCACCUGAAAAAGAUGCAUGGCUUCUGCCUGAUCAGCUGCAUGUGGGUUACAGCUGCAGUCAUCCAUAAUUCUCUGGCUUUCAAUGUUGGAAUAACAAAUGCCAAUGUCCUUUCUGGAGAAAAGAAAGACUUUUUUGGAUAUAAAUUGCUUCAGUUUACAUCUGCUGAGAAGACGAGAAUUAUUGUAACGGCACCUUUGGGUUUAAAUGGAUGCGGGAAAACAUGCAAAUAUCACUAUGAUGAAGAACCACGUUGUAACAACUUUGAUGAGUUUCUGGUAGCAAACACGACUGUGAUCAAUCACUUGGGUUUGUCAGUGGCGGCAAAACCAAAUGGAUCCGAGUUCACGGUGUGCAGUCCAAACGUUGUCCAUGAAUGCUUUGGGAACUCCUUCCUCAACAGUUGGUGUUUCAGCAUGAAAGAUAAUCUUCCAUUCGUUUUUAAACCAAGCCUCCAAGAGUGCACCAAAAACAAAGUAGACCUGGUCUUUCUGUUUGACGGAUCAGGCAGCAUGACUGAAGAAGAAUUUAAAAAAAACAAAGAUUUCAUUAAGAGCAUCAUGGACAGUUUAUCCAACACAACAAUCAAGUUUGCAGCGGUUCAGUUCUCCCGCAGACCCAGAAUAGUUUUUGACUUCAAUGACCACGUUGCAGGAAGAGCUUUGGAGAAACUGAUGAAAGAAAAGCAUAUGAAGUCACUCACAAACACAUAUAGAGCCCUUCAGCUUAUCUUAGACAACCUGUUUGGAAAAGAGUCAGCGGGCGCCACUCCUGGUGCAACUCAAGUUCUGGUUCUCAUAACGGACGGAGAUCCCAGUGAUACUCAAAAGGACGUAGUUCUUACAAAAUAUGACCAAAAGAACAUCAUUCGGUUUGUCAUCGGGGUUAGAAUUAAUAGCAUGGAAAAAAUUAAACCCAUCGCCUCAGAGCCAAAGGACAAACAUGUUUUUAAAAUUGAGGACUAUAAAGGGCUUGAUGGGAUUUUAAAAACAUUAAAAAAUAAGAUCAUCAUUCUGGAAGGUAUGUUUGUUUUUUUUUUACGUUUUUAUACCUUUUCGACAAGUUUUGAUCUGAUCUUUUGGUCCAAAGCGGCUCUGGCAGGAAACUUAACUAAUGAAAUGUCUCAGACUGGAUUCAGUGCUGCCUAUUACAAGAACACUCUGAUCCCACCGAGCCCAGAACCAAAGAGCUGGCGUGGUUCUCUGAAGGAACCUGAUCUUCAACAUGAAAAACAGAUUUUGGAUCCAGAUAUGGAGAUGGAUUCCUACAUGGGAUUUUCCUUAUCCACCGGGGAGAGGAAUGGAGUUCCUCUGUAUUUCUCGGGCGCUCCCCGGUUUCAGCACACUGGACAAGUUGUAAUUUUCACUCGUACCGGAAGACACUGGACUGUACAGCAGAGACUAGAGGGGACCAAGGUCGGUUCCUAUUUUGGCGCGGAGAUCUGCACUGUCGAUAUUGAUUCAGAUGAUAGCACUGACUUCCUGUUGGUGGGAGCUCCAAUGUUUUACCAGCCUCUACAAAAGACAGAAGGCAAAGUCUAUGUCUACGCACUGACCAAUAAGAUGCAACUGGAAAUGAGGCUGAGCCUGACGGCUCCCUUUAUGGGGAGAUUUGGCACCACCAUAUCUAGCCUUGCUGAUCUGAAUGGAGAUGGACUCCGAGAUGUAGCAGUUGGCGCCCCUCUGGAGGACGAUAACCAUGGAGCUGUGUACAUUUAUCUCGGAGACAGAAAUAGUGGGAUGCGCCACACCUUCAGCCAGGUGACAGAAAAUAAACUCUACCCUUCCAUGACAAUGGUGGACAAGAGAAUCAGUGGAAAGAGUUUUCAACCUGCGAUGAAGUUGUUUGGUCUAGCCAUUGAUGGUGAUGGAGACCUUGGACAUGAUGGGCUUCCAGACAUUGUGGUUGGAUCACAGGAGGCUGCUGUUGUUUUAAGGUCUAAGCCAGUCUAUAACGUUGAGGCUCACCUGUCGUUCCAUCCUGAAGUGAUAAGUAUUGACGAAAUCGAUUGUGUAAGCAGCGAUCAUGAAGUUCUGCCCAUGGUUAACCUAACAACAUGCUUUAAUUUAAAGGAAGCAACAGAAAAAGCUAAUCUCACACUAGGAAUCCUGUACACGCUCAGUGUGGAUUUAAUGAGACAAACCCAUCGGGGAUUCUUCAAUCCAACUGAUAAGAAAACCAAGAGUCUUGACAUCCACUAUAACCUCACCACACAAGCGACGUGUUUCAAUCAUUCAGUCUUCAUGCCGAAAUGUGUCAAAGACACCUUAGCUCCUAUUCCCAUUAAGUUAAACUUUUCCCAGCCUGAUAAUGAGAACGCAAUUGCCGUCCUAAACACAGACAGUAAGAAGGAGGCCAUUUUUGAGAUUUCAUUUGAGAAACGAUGCAAAAGGAACAACACGUGCAUUGCUGAACUGGACGUAGAUUUCAACUUCAUGACGCCAAAGCUGUUGGUGUCUGAGCAGAGUUACUUCAACGUUUCCAUGCUACUGGUCAAUAAUGGGGACGACUCGUACAACACCAGCUUGACCGUGCUCCACUCUCCCGGCCUUUCCUUUUCCAGUAUAAGUGUUACAAAGGCCACAAGACAAACUCUAUACAAGUGCUAUGAUCUGAAGGAAGAGGGUGACGGAAUUCAGUGUGGCAUCAGCCAUCCCGUGUACCGCAGUGGUUCCUCAGCAACAUUCCACUUAUCUUUCCAUGUCAUUAAGGAUAUUGACUGGAAUGACACAAUGACUAUGACCGUAUUUGGACAAAGUGACAACACAAACUCCAGCAGGAUUGGUUCUGUGACCAAAACCAUAAAGGUACAAUAUGAAAUCAGGAUGGCAGUCACAGUGAAAGAGGACAGUGUCACCUAUCUGAACUUUACAACAGAGAAUAACAAACCCAAAAAAAUGGUCAUCACUUACCAGAUAGAUAAUACUGGCUUCAAGGAUUUUCCGGUCAAUGUGUCGCUAUAUUUCCCAAAACAAGUUCAAGAAAACUUUGAAUUAAUCAACUAUCAAGUUUUCGUUCAAAAGAACAAAACCCAGUGCUCUAGCACUCUUGAUCCAAAAUCUGAGUUUGCUUUGUUACAGGACUGCACACAGAAAAAGGAAUGCAUCGUCACACAGUGCAACAGUUUCAGUCUGAAAAAACACUCUUCUGCUGCCUUCACGCUACAGGCAGAUGUGCAUUUUAGAGACAUUCAUCGUUAUGUCAAGGAAUUUUCUCCCUUUACUGGAGGAAGAACAGAGAUCAGAUUCAAGAGUUUGAUACGCGUCGAUACCGACAGAAGCCGAUAUGUGCUAGCUUCCAACAAUGAGAAAAGCUCGAAGAUCAAACUUUUGAAGAAUGGCCAAGUCACUGAAAAUGAUCAAACAGCGAAAUGGAGCGAAGUUCGAGUUGAGAUCAUCGUUCUCCCCAACCAGUGGCUGAUCAUUGGAACUGGAGCUGGAGCAGGAUUGCUGCUUCUCAUCAUAAUAAAGCUCAUCUUAUGUAAACUGAGCUACUUCACGAGGAAAAACCUGUCACUGGAUGAGCGCGUGAAAGGAAUAGCCUUCUCUAAGACCCCAAAACAACCCACUAAUGGUCUCAUCGGUGGAACGGUUUCUAAAUAAGUUCUCAACGAACAGUGU